UCAGUGAGCAGGAUGCAUCAGCUCGGAGCGGAGAGGACAGCCUUCCAAAUGCAGUCGUCCACACUGUAAAUUCGACUCGUUUUGUCUUCUUUUCGUGCCGGAUCACCGCUGAUCGCCGCCAGCUAAAAAUGGGUUAGAGGGAAGAAUGUCUGGAUUGUUCACUUUCGCCAGUUUACGAGGAUGGGGACUCGGAAUUUCAGUUUUUUUUUGCAGAGACACCUUGACAAAGAAGAAAGAAAAUAGAGACGGGAAUUGAUUCAUAUCCCCUGUUCUUCCAUUUUCUUUCUUUCUUUUUCUUUUUUUUUUGAGAAAUGAUUGCAGAGUUGGUGUGCAGCGCCGUGGCUUUGGUCCUGUAUCUCAACACCCUGGGCGCUGAUUUCUGCUACGAUGACAGCCGUGCGAUCAAAACCAACCAGGACCUGCUCCCGGAGACCCCGUGGACCAACAUCUUCUAUGACGACUUCUGGGGCACGCUGCUCACCCACAGCGGCAGCCACAAGUCCUACCGGCCACUCUGCACCCUCUCCUUCCGCCUCAACCACGCCCUGGGCGGGCUGGAACCCUGGGGCUACCACCUGGUCAACGUCACCCUCCACGCGGCCGUCACGGGGCUGUUCGCCGGCCUGUCCCGCCUCCUGCUGGGAGGGGGCCGCUGGACGCUGAUGGCCGGCGUGCUGUUCGCCUCGCACCCGGUGCACACGGAGGCGGUGGCGGGCGUGGUGGGCCGGGCCGACGUGGGGGCGGCGCUCUUCUUCCUGCUGUCGCUGCUCUGCUACGCCCGGCACUGCCAGCUCCGCCCGAGCUCCGCCCGCUGCUGGGCGUGGCUGCUGGGCAGCCUGGCCCUGGCCGCCUGCAGCAUGCUGUGGAAGGAGCAGGGCGUGACCGUGCUGGCCGUCUCGGCCGCCUACGACGUCUUCGUCUUCCACCGGCUCAAGCUGCGGCAGGCCGUCGCCCUCCUCUGCAAGAGGAAGAACGCCGGCCUGCUCUGGAGCGUCUGUUUGCUGGCCACCUGGGGCGCCGUCCUGCUGGCCAGUCGCCUCUACUGGAUGGGCAACAAGCCGCCCAACUUCUCGAACUCCGACAACCCAGCGGCCGAUUCCUCGAGCCUCCUCACCAGGACGCUGACCUUCCUCUACCUGCCCGCCGCCAACGUGUGGCUGCUCUUGUGCCCCAACACGCUUAGUUUCGAUUGGUCCAUGGACGCCCUGCCUCUCCUCAGGACGCUGGCCGAUUGGAGGAACCUUCACACUGUGGCCUUCUACGCCGCGCUGCUGCUCCUGGCUUGGUUUGGCCUCCGGAGCCCGGCCAAGCUCCGCGAGGCAAACGGGAAAGCCCACGUCACCAACGGGAAGUCCAGCACGAACGGGCACAGCUGUCACCCGGACCCCGAGCACCCCGGCCCAGGCUCGGAACCUCCGAAGAGCGUUGAGAACGGUACGAAGAACCACUGCGUUCCGAAGACCUCGCUGCCCACCACGGAGAACGUGGUGGUGUUCUCUCUGGGGCUGCUGGCCAUCCCUUUCCUCCCGGCCACCAACCUGUUCUUCUACGUGGGCUUCGUGAUCGCCGAGAGGGUGCUCUACAUCCCCAGCAUGGGCUUCUGCCUGCUCCUGACAGUGGGGAUACGGGCCCUGUACGUCAGGCUGAGGAGACGGACCUCCAAAACCCUGCUGCUCUACUGCAGUGCCGCGCUGGUCCUCCUCUACGGCAUUAAGACCGUGCUGAGGAACCAGGACUGGCAGAACGAGGAGAUGUUGUACAGGUCAGGGAUAACGGUGAACCCUGCCAAAGCGUGGGGCAACCUCGGAAACGUCCUGAAGAAUCAGGGGAAGAUGGCGGAGGCCGAACGGGCCUACAGGAAUGCCCUGUACUACCGCAGAAACAUGGCCGACAUGCUGUAUAAUCUAGGAUUGCUGCUACAAGAAAACAACAAGUUCUCCGAGGCCCUGCAUUACUAUAAGCUGGCGAUUGGGAGCCGGCCAACUUUGGCUUCUGCGUACUUGAACACGGGGAUUGUCCUGAUGAACCAGGGGCGUCUGGAUGAGGCCAAGCGGACAUUCCUCACCUGCGCCAACAUCCCUGACGAAAACCUGAAGGACCCCCACGCCCACAAGAGCUCGGUCACCAGCUGCCUCUACAACCUGGGGAAGCUGCUGCACGAGCAGGGCCAGCAGGAGGAGGCCCUGUCAGUGUACAAAGAAGCAAUCCAGAAAAUGCCGAGACAGUUUGCACCUCAGAGUCUCUACAACAUGAUGGGAGAGGCCUACAUGAGGCUGAACAAACUGACGGAGGCCGAACACUGGUACCGAGAGUCCCUGAAGGCCAAGCCCGACCACAUCCCCGCCCACCUGACCUACGGGAAACUUCUGGCCCUCACCGGACAGAAGGCUGAAGCUGAGAGGUACUUUCUGAAGGCAAUCCAACUUGAUCCCACGAAAGGAAACUGCUACAUGCAUUACGGUCAGUUUUUGUUGGAAGAGUCCCGCCUGCUGGAGGCGGCGGAGAUGGCGGAGAAGGCGGCCCGGCUGGAGGGGGGAGAGUUCGACGUGGUCUUCAACGCCGCGCACAUGCUCAGACAAGCCGGUCUCAACGAAGCAGCUGAGAAGUAUUACGGGCAAGCAGCAACUCUGAGACCCAAUUACCCAGCUGCCCUUAUGAACCUGGGAGCGAUCCUCCACCUGAACGGGAAGCUCCAGCAGGCGGAGGCCAAUUACCUGCGGGCGCUGCAGCUCAAACCGGACGACGUCAUCACCCAGUCCAACCUGCGCAAGCUGUGGAAUAUCAUGGAGAAACAGGGGCUGAAGACCAUGGGGCCGUGACC